GAAAAGCUCGUCCCUAUUGAUCGUCGCGACGAUCGGCCGCCUCCUUUCUCUCUCCCUCUCUUCUGAUCACUCUUUUCGUCCCUUUCGAUCUCUUUCUUUCCUCCCUAUGUUCUCACCCUUCAUAAUCAGCCCGAGACUCGAGAGGCAACAGUCACGAGCAAAACUUACAACCGGUGUAGAAAAAUUAUAAUCGCAUCAGUUUCAAGUACGUCGGGAAUCAACAGCCGAGUUAACAUUCUCGCAACGCAAUCAGGACGAAACGGAAAUCAGGGAAUCAUCCCCGUCCCAACCCCGCGCGAGUGCCUCGUUCUCUUAUCCCCAGAGAUCUAAGAGGAGUCACACGACACCAUGGCAAUCUUUUCCACGUCCAGGGAAUUCUUCGUUUUGUGUUGCAUAGUGAGCACGGCCUUGAGUAUACCUGCAUCCGUACCCACACCGACUCCCUGGAAGCUCGAUGAGCAGCCACGUUUCAGCACCAGUCCGUCUAAGAGAUCAAUCGUCCAAAUGGUAUCCACUUCGACGACGAAAUUGCCAGUGGCGAUGAAUUCUAAAGUGCGACAAAUUACAACGACCGAAGGGGCGACAACUUUGCUGGUAACAACAACGACUCAGCGAACUAUUUCGUCGACUGAUCCACUCUAUCGUCUCGACGGUAUGAAUGGACAAGCUUGCAUUCUGCUCCAGGUGGACGCGCUCAUCACUGUCAAAUACAGAACGAAACUCGGUGCCGAAGACACGGCCAACAUUUACGUACCAACUACGGCCACUGUCACGGGUAAUUGCGAUAGUGAUGCAAAUGCAGCAACGAUGUCCUUGAAAUGGAACGCUUUCCACCUUUCAUGGAGCUUUGCCAAGACACUUGGAGGAGAGAGAUGGUACGUUGAUAAAAUUGAGUUGACUUAUAACUCAAGUGAUCGACACUUCGAACACAUUGAUCAGCCCAAUAAAACUGUAAGACUGAGUACAGGGCAGAAGAACACUGCAAUGAUAUUCCCAACGCCCGUUGGAAAAUCUUACGCGUGUGACGAAGAGGUCAACAUCACUUUGACAGAUGGAAAAAAUUCGGCUACGCUGCUGUUGAGGGACAUGAAGCUUCAACCUUUCAAGUUCAAGAGCAAUGACUUCGCUGCAGAAUUUUCUUGCAAAUUACUCAACGCACAAGCGGGAAGAGACGAGACUGCUCCGGUUGCGGUUGGGUCGACACUCGCUGCUGCUGUCCUCCUCACAAUCACCGGUUACGCCGGUUAUCGUUAUUUCAAAGUAAAGAAGGUGAAAUAUGACACAAUGGAGUAAAAUUUAUGACUAACACGUUGAACUAAUGAGGCGCAGAACUCGAUGAAAUAAUAAUUAAAUUGAAAAAAGGUAAAUUUUCAAAAAUACUUUUGUUGAGUUGAAGUUCUCCAAAAGGAUGUAACGAUUAUUGUCAUUUGGUUGACAAUACUUUUCGAAGCCUCGACGAGUGCAAAGAAUUACUUCUGAAAUUCUGGCUCCGGUUGUACUUUCACUAAAAAACUUUGAUUUAUACGUUGAAACAGUUCAUUAAGUAUCAGUAAGUCGUCGAUGAUGAUUUCUCGAAUGGAAUAACUCAUCAGAAUCGCAAACUCUUAUGGUUGUAUCGAUAGGUUUUAUGCCAUGUGUAAAUCUGACGUGAAACACGCGAUCGUUCUAGCCUCCGACUUUUCCUUUGUGCAAAAUUUGUCUAGUUUUUGAUUCCAAUAUCGUACGAAAUGGGAAAACGCCAAUUAUUUUUAUAGAACACCAGAUUUUCGUUUAAAAAGUAACGAAAGUCGUACACUUUUGAACCAUCGCGGUCAAAACGUGUUUCUUUAUUAUUUCAAUACUUCCAACGUCUGUGGUUACAUUUCAGAUGCUUCCACAUUAAAGAAAUAUGAAACUAUGUUCGGUGCACAAUAAAAUUAUCAAAACUUAGCUAAUUUCUAAUUUUCACUAUUCUUCGGUUACUAAAUUAGCACGAAAAUAUUUUCAAUGGAACGAAAUGAGGCCCUAUUAGGCAGCUAGAUGCCAGUCGUUACUGGAAACAGAGAAAAUUCGUUGAGCGUAGUUAGAUUUUAGAUCAUGUGGAAGAGAAAAAAAAGAAAAAAAACGAACGACGAAGAAUCCUACCGGUUGAAAAACACACGAGAUGUGUCUUGAGCGUGAUAUUGAAAUCCGCGACCACGUUUCAAUGUAAAUAUAUAAAAAUGACAAAAAUUUCACUUUCAUAAUUAUAAUCAUGUAAAGUGUCGCUUGGUGUUUAUCCAUCUCUUGAAUAAUUGACGAUAGAAAUUUAAUUAAUGUUAUCAAACGAAUUGGCAGCUGUAUUGAAAAAUUCGUUAUUCAUGCAAUCGAUUGGACGACUCGUUGCUCAAAAAUAAUGCAUUCAUCGAAAGCCAAUUAUUCAACUCGUUUCUCAUUGAUAUUCUUCAUUCUUUCCAUCAUCAAUCAUGCUUGCUUAAUAUUCAUGCUACGAAACUAUUAUUUUUUCAGUCUCAGACAGGUGUACAUACGCGAAAUUGAGUUUAAGAUUUCAUUGUUCAAUGGCUUACGAUCAUUGCUGCUGUCCGUUAUAAUUUUAUUCGCCUACAUUAUAUUUUCCGACGAUUUUCGCUGAAGUUUUCGAUUGGAGGGCAAAAUGCGUUUUUUUUUAUAAAACGAGAAAAAUCUAGCAUUUACCACUCGCUUAGAAAAAAUUCGGCUUUAACUUACAUUCGGAAUGGUAGUAAUUUUAAUUUCUCUAUAUGUAUUCGACGAAAAACGUGAAACCCAGAUUUUCAUCGAACUCUAUCGAUAAUACUUUAGUCACUAACGAAAUAACAUAUCGAAGAAUCAAAUGAAUUUAGAAGAUAAAUUAUAGGCCAUCUUUUCCUAUCAUAGGCCGAAUAUUUCACUAUCAAAUUUAUGAAAAUAUAUAUUGUAUCAUAUCAUAAAGCCUGUGAGUCGUUGAAGGAAAAAAGUGUCAUUCGUGUGUGGUCGAGAUUAUUUCAAUUCGUUACUGGUAAACUUAUUUAUUGAUUUUUCACAUUGAAUAUACUCGAGAGUUUGUUUGACAAAGCGAAAGAAAAUGUAUCUAGUCAUUUGUGAGGAUUAUGAGAAAGGAGAUUAAAAAAAAUAUAAUCAACGUUUUUCGACGAUAUGAAAUAAGAUUAAAGUUAAAAUAUCGUCGUUGGUAUGGGAGGUGCGUGUUUGAUGUGUGGCUGCAUAUGUCGCGUAUCGCACGUGUACAUGUAUAUAAACGCAUUAUUAUGACUAUUCUGAUAUUAUCGUUAUAAAUAUCAUUAACAAUAUUAUGACGAAGAGAAAACGUUAAGAAAAAUCAUCAAUAUACGCAUGUAUGCAUUAAAUUAUAAAUAUUAUAUGAUAUAAACCUCUGUCUUCCAAGUGCAUAUUGUAAUAUUAUAAGCAAGAAAUUUAAAACGAAAAAUGAAGAAAAACUUAAACACACCAACGUAGUUACGAAAGAGACAAGCAGAAAAACAUAGACGAGUGUAUCGUGUUGUAAAUAUCGACGUCAUAUUCGAAAUGCAAAUUAUUAACGUUUCCAGAGCAAAAGAAAACGUUAGAAAACUAAAGUGAACUAAGAUCCAUCAGUCUCCAAAAAAGAAAAAACUAAAAAAAAAUAUUUCGUCGAACUAUUUACGUAAUCAUAGAUCGCUAAGUGUUUCUUGUCGUUUACCUGCUGAAUAUUUAUUUUGCAAUCCAAUAUAAAUGGAGCAUACAUUAAAGGAUACAAAAUUUGACGAGAAUCAUAAAAACAAAAAACAAACAGUUAUUCUCAACUCAUAUGGAUGACACGAUGUUUCUGCAUUUUCCAAAUAACAACGUGUAACGAAAAACGGUUCAUGAUGAAGAAAUUAUGAGAAAAUUUCACGCUGGUCGUACUAUACUGGACUUGGACUCUUCUUCACAGAUAAUGUUGUCAAACGAAUGAUAAAAUAUCGAAAUUGCCGCUGAAUACUCAUGAGAUCAUUGUUGUACGAUAUAAACAAAUAACUGACAACAAUUGACCGACUUAAUAAAAAAAGAAAUCAAAAUAGAACAUAGAUGGACGGUAAUAGUCAUACAAAAAUCAGGUCGCGCUGCUGCAAAUAUAUAAACAAACAGAUAUCACAUAUGUCGAUAAUAAAUAAAUUAAUAUGGACAAAAAAUAUAUGUGUAUACAUCGUAAUCGUAUACCGUUCAGAUACACUAAAAGAAAUCAGUUAUACGAGAGUUAUAUGGGGUGAAACGUUUCGAAAUAAAAUUAUUACUAUCGUGGCAAA